CUAUUUGGUUUUCCAGCUACAGAGGUCACACCAGAGAAACAACGCAAGUCCACAUCAGGAUGGAGACGGCUCUGUGCUGACUUCCACCUUGUUUUCGGACACUGGAAUUGAAGAAUGCAGAGAAAGAACCUCACUGAAGUGACCGAGUUCAUUUUCCUGGGAUUCUCCAGAUUCCAUGAGCAUCAGUCCACUCUGUUUGUGGUUUUCCUCAUCCUGUACAUGUUAACCCUGGCUGGCAAUGCCAUCAUUGUGACGGUCAUCUGCGUCGACCGUCACCUCCACACACCCAUGUACUUCUUCCUGAGCACGCUGGCGAGUUCGGAGACCGUCUACACACUGGUCACCAUUCCACGGAUGCUGUCUGGUCUCACAGCCCAGAACCAGCCCAUCUCCUUGGCAGGCUGUACCACCCAGAUGUUCUUCUUUGUUGCCUUAGCCAUCAACAACUGCUUUCUACUCACAGUGAUGGGCUAUGACCGCUACGUGGCCAUCUGCAACCCCCUGAGGUACACGGUCGUCAUGAGCAUGAGGGUGUGUGUCCAGCUGGCAUGUGGAGCCUUCAGCAUUGGCCUGGCCAUGGCCACCGUCCAGGUGACAUCCAUCUUCACCCUACCCUUCUGUCACAGAGUGAUUGGACAUUUCUUCUGUGACAUCCUCCCUGUCCUAAAACUCUCCUGUAUUGACACCACUAUCAAUGAGAUCAUCAAUUUUGUUGUCAGUUCCCUUGUGAUCCUGGUCCCUGUGGGCCUGGUCUUCAUCUCCUACGUCCUCAUCAUCUCCACCAUCCUCAGGAUCUCCUCCACCCAGGGCCGGAAGAAGGCCUUUGCCACCUGUGCCUCCCACCUCACGGUGGUCAUUGUCCACUACGGCUGUGCCUCCAUUGCCUACCUCAAGCCCAAGUCCGAGGAUUCUGCAGAACAAGACCUUCUUCUCUCAGUGACUUACACCAUCAUCACUCCUUUGUUGAACCCCGUUGUCUACAGUCUGAGGAACAAGGAGGUCAAGGACGCUCUGCGCAGAGCUGUGGGAAGAAGCAUCUAAUACGUUGACCUGUUGCUAAGAGACCUCAAUCUCUGAGCGAUGCGUGUCUUCACGGCCUCCAGCCUUGCAAGUCCGUCCUGUCCAGUCCAUUCCUGAAUGGGAUGUGCCCAUCUUCCGUCAGCACCCCUACAUGAAAUCUUUUUGUUUUCAUAUAUGCCAAAGUUCUGGCCAGGUGUUUUCAUCUGGGUAGUUGAAAGGUCAGAGAGGAUGGGCAUGGUUUUUAAGAAAGUAUAUCUGCAUUUCGAGAGAGGGGCAGGGAAGGUCUUAAAAGCAUAUUAAAUGUGAUUCUUUGGGGUUUGAAAAGAAAAACUUCUAGAACUUUCAUAAUAUGACCUCCAAAAAUGGAACUGGACAAAAUCUCAGCAAGGGAAGAAUAGUCAAUAGUGAAAUUAUAUCAGAACCUUUGGGAAAAAGGAGGUGUGUAUUAAAAAAAAAAAAGAUUAAGAAA